AGCCGGCUGCCGUAGUCAGCCUGUUGCUCCCAACAACAACACUGAACUGUCAAGACAACUUCUGCCUUUCACUGCGCUGCACUGAUUUUAAUUCACCGAAUUAACGUUACUCACCACUUUUACCGCUACAGCCUAACAGGGACGUAUUCAAAUCGGCGUUUUUUCAAAUACCAGCCAGUUUGUACCAAGUUGACUUUUAUAGUUGGUGUAAAGCAUCUCACGGACCACCUGAGACAAACAACUCACAUGAUGGUGUCACAACAGAAAAUAACAGCCACUCCUCUCCUCUCCUGUACGUUGACGCCCUCCUGGGAGGGAACCGAUUAGGUUAAAGAAGAUAAAUGUCCCUGAAGAUGUCUUCAUUAUGAUUUCGAAUGGAGAUUCUGAAGUGAUGGAGAACAAAGAGCAGAGCAUCCUUCCAGAGGAGCAAGCUGCUGUACCUCCUCAGCGAGGACUUCUCCACAUUUGGCAGUCAGGGGGGCCAAGUGAACCUCUUUGCCCAGAAAGAGUACAUCUGUCCCAGUGUGUCUUACAGGUAGCCCUGGGAGAACAUCAUGGACUCCUGCUGGCACAGGGUGGCCAGGUGUACUCUUUUGGAGAGCUGCUUUGGAGGGGCCUAAGUGUCCCAGUUUCAGCUCCGAUCUUGGAGGUCUCGCUACAAGGGACAACAGUAGUCCGUGUGGCAUCUGGUGGUUUCCAUUGCGGAGCAGUGAGUGAGCAGGGCAGCGUGUACACGUGGGGGGAGAACACUGCUGGACAGUGUGGGACGGCCGAGGGUGGCACGGACUCAAAUGUUACGGUUCCAGAGCCAUACCCUGUCCCUGUGGUGGACAAUGAAGUGGUUCCUCCCGUGGCGGUUUGCAUCAUGGACCUGGCGUGCGGACGGGAGCACAGCCUGGCGCUGUCGGCCCAGAAUGAGCUGUGGGCCUGGGGCAGCGGCUGUCAGCUCGGCCUGGUCACAAGCAACUUUCCUGUAUGGAAACCACAAAAGGUGGAGCAUUUAGCAGGCAGACAUGUGAUUCAGGUGGCUUGUGGAGCCUACCACAGCCUGGCUCUGGUUCGUAGUUUACAUCCACAAAACUCAAACACACACAAACCUCUGGAGAGGCGGUCCCCAUCAAACCAGUCUCUCGCCAUGGAUGAUGCACAGUACUGUCCGCUGGGGGUGGAGCUAACUGAAAGCACGUCAGCAGAGGCUUCAGCCAGAAGAAGCUCCAAAAAAAGUUUUCUACAGGCUGGCAGUACCCAUGGGUAUCAAGCUGUUUUAGUUCCGUAUUCUUACAGCAUAUCCAACAACGAGGGGAAUGAUCAAGCUGACCCUAUAACUGAGACAGACAGCCUCACUACAUCAUACCCAGUGACAGGCUUGACAGAUAAAUACAAAUGUGCAUUACCUCAUGAGCUGGAGCUUCAGAACCUUCUUCAGAAACUCUCAGGUCACUCAUUAGAGAUGCAAAAUAGCAGCAGACAUGGAGAUACAGACUCACUGAGCAGCCACACUUCAGAUGACAGCUGCAUUUCCACAACUCCUUUCAACAACCUGCUAUCCUCCCGUUGUAAAGAUGACUCGACAGUGUGCAGUCAGGUGCUCAGAUCCUCUUCUCCAAUGGACUUGGAAGAGUUUUCCCUUACAAAGAAGACGUCAGUGCAGGGACACAAGAGCUCCAGCCUAACUGACAUAAGCAACGAGGGGGAAACCAGAAAAAAACAACGCUCUCUGCCUGGAACACCCCCAUAUGCAACCCCACGUCCGCGGCACCAUUGUGCCAGCAAGUCAUCCUCUUCUGGCUCGAUCCACACACCGGUAACAGAGGACGGUUUUCCAACCCUGGAGACGGAGGUGUGGAGCUGGGGCAGGGGCUCCGAGGGGCAACUGGGCCAUGGAGAUCAACUGGCUAGACUCCAGCCUCUUUGUAUUAAGAAUUUGACAGGCGAGGAAGUGAUCAAAGUUGCUGCAGGAUCACACCAUUCACUGGUUCUUACUGCUCAAUGCCAGGUAUACUCAUGGGGCAGCAACAUGUGCGGACAGCUUGGUCAUGUCAAUAGUCCUGUUACUCUCCCGCAGCAGGUUAAGUUGUCUGACGAUCUUCGGGCCUGGGAUGUGUCAGCGGGCCAAAGCCACUCCCUCCUCUUGGCUGAUGGGAACAGUGAUCAGCCUGUCCUGUUGUACUGCGGACAGCAGCAGGAGCCAAGGUCGAAGCAGAGUGAGGCAUCCUACCAGAGCAAGCGCUCGUGCCAGAGGUCACCCAACAGGGCCGAGAAUUACAGCGUCAGACCCGCUUUGCUGCCUUUCUGCAUGGAGAUGGGUUACAUCAGCAGUGUGUCCAGUGGCGGCCAAAGGUGUGCACUGCUGGCAAACUGCAACACCACGACUUUCAUCUCCACCAUCCGUGAACUGGCGUUCAAAGAGAGGAAGUUUUACUACUGGUUGAGCAGUGUCAGGAAGCUGCUUCUUACGCCGCUCUACAACAAAGAGAAUGUACGUCCCUCCCUUGGUGAGACAUGCUCCCGCCUCUUCCUUUCAGUCUGUGGGACUUUUAAUCGUCUGAGCACCCUAAUUGGUCAACACUCUACAUUGCUCAGCUGUUUUGUGCAUGAGGUGCAAUGCCAUGAUGUGACCUCUCUUCACCUCCUCGUCCACACUCGGCACUUCCUGGACACCUACACUGCAUAUUGCACGGCAGUAGGUGACUUCCAGGUCAUGGGUGGAUUUCCGUUGCUCCAUAAGCUCUCCGUUGAAUGUUUAGGUUCACAGCACACCAAACUUGCACAGCUUUCUGAAUUUGACCCAUCAGGCAGUGGGGGUGUUGAUCUGGGUUCUUUGUUCUACUGGCCUCUACAGCAGCUCUCCCAGUACAGCCAAGUUCUGCUCAAACUGGAAGCUAGCUACCACAUGCUUACAACAGAGUAUAAGUCUAUCCAUCGGAGCUGUAUGCAGUAUGAAAGCCUCUCUACAUCACUGCUGAGAAGGAAGGAGGAGGCUGAAGCCACUUUUCUCUUCUGGAAGACACACUCAGGAAAAAACACUGAUGGUCUGCGUCUCCCACAGCGUCGAGUUUUAUGUGAAAGCAGCAAUAGAACCCUGACCCUGCAGGGUGCUGGGCGCUUCUCAAACCACUGGUUCAUACUGUUCAAUGAUGCACUGGUUCACAUACAGCGCGCCAUUCCCUCUCGGAACCUUUUCUCCACUCAUCAUGUUUACCCACUGAACUGUUUGUGGUUAAAACCACUUCCUGACAACAACAGUGGCUGCUAUGCCAUUAAAAUCACGUGUCCAGAAGAGACCUUCACCCUGGUGGCCUCAACACCAGAAGAGAAGAACAAGUGGCUUCAUUUUCUCAAUCAAGAGGUGGACGGGUCGCUGGUUGGUGGAGGUCAGGGGGCAUCGCCAGGAAUAACAGCAAUGUCCCGCACGGCCUCUUACACAUUCACAAGAGAAGGAAGAUUCAAAGACGCCCAGUAUACUGGCAGCUGGCAUGCCGGACGUGUUCAUGGCCGAGGAACUAUGAGCUGGCCGACUGGACAGACCUACACUGGGAAUUUUAAAAAUGGACUGGAGGAUGGCUACGGGGAGUGUGUAAUUCCCAACAAUAUGCUGAAUAAAGCAGGCUGCUACCAGGGACACUGGCGGGACGGCAAGAUCCACGGCUUUGGCAUUUACAGGUAUGCCACAGGUGAAGUGUACGAGGGCUGCUUCAGCGAUGGCCAGCGCCACGGCUACGGCAUGUUGAGCUCUGGGAAGUUAGACAAGACUUCUUCAGGCGUUUUCAUUGGCCAGUGGGUCUUUGACAAGAAGACUGGAUAUGGCGUUUAUGACGACAUCACCAGGGGUGAAAAGUACAUGGGAAUGUGGCUGGAUGAUGAGAGGCACGGGAGCGCCGUGGUGGUGACUCAGUAUGGUGUGUACUACGAAGGAAACUUCAAGGAAAACAAGAUGAGCGGUCCAGGUCUGCUGGUAUCAGAUGAUGACACAGCCUUUCGUGGGGAGUUUUCUGAAGACUGGACUGUCAAUGGGAAGGGUGUUUUAUCCCUGGCCAAUGGUGACUCUUUAGAAGGCCAUUUCAGUGGCGAGUGGAAUGCAGGCCUGAAGGUGGCUGGAACUUACACCAAACUCGCCCCCGAUGAGCCUGAAGACAAAGACAGAGAAAACUUCUUCAGGUUUGGUCAGUAUCUGGUGGCUGCGGGUGAGAGGUGGGUGUGUGUCUUUGACGAGUGUUGGAGGAGACUGGGAUGUGACGUCGCUGGGAGAGGAGACAGGACAACAGCCUGGGAAAACAUUGCAGUUUCCAUAUCAAGUGCACGUCGACACAGCCCACACCUCAGCAGAUCUCAGCGCAAGGUAUUGGAGAGUUUGGAGUGUAUUCCUCAGCAUGGAGAAGCAGUCACCAUCAAAAACUAUGACAGAAUACAAACAUACCUCACAAAGGCAUGCGAAGCCCCGAUCCACCCUCUGGGCUGGCUGGUAGAGACUCUGGUGACAGUCUACAGGAUGACCUACGUGGGUGUGGGAUCGAACCGCAGGCUGCUGAGGGAGGCUGUAAAGGAGGUGCAGGCCUAUCUCAAACACUUGUACUCCAUUGUCAGGUUCCUGUUUCCUGGAUUACCACAAGAUGGCAACAUCCUGCCAGAAACUCCAGUUUCUCCAUCUAAAAUCAGAUACAGCUCCAGUUCAGAAGAAGUAAGUUUUGUCACAGUAGUGAGCAGCUCCUCUCUGCUCCUCCCACUGCUCCUCCCACAACUCUAUCCACCUCUGUUCAUGUUGUACUGCCUGAAUGACGAACAGCAGGAGCUGCAGUACUGGGAGCGCAUCCUGCGACUCAACAAGCAGCCUGAUCAGUCGCUGCUCAGCUUCCUGGGCGUACAGCAGAAAUUCUGGCCAAAGUGCAUGUCAGUUCUUGGAGAGCAACAGCAGAUCGUAUCCAGCAGUAAAGAUGUCAGCUUUGUUUGCGCUGUCGAGACACUACAACAAAUCAGCACCACCUUCACUCCAGCACACAAACUUCUGGUCAUCCAGAGGACAUUUGAGGAGUUGACACAGGAAAUAAAACCAAUGCAGGAUGGUGACUUCCUGUGGUGUAUGGAUGACCUGCUACCGCUCUUUCUCUACAUCGUGCUCAGGGCAAGGAUCAGGAAUUUGGGAGCUGAAGUGAGUCUGAUUGAAGAUUUGAUGGAUCCCAAUCUUCAGCAUGGGGAGCAGGGACUGAUGUUAACUACACUGAAGGCCUGCUACAUCCAGAUCCAGCUGGAGUCCACAAUAUAGCUGUGAUGAUCAGGAUGGGCACAACUUCCUGUAGCGACCAGGAACAAGUUACCAGUGUCACCUCUUUCAUCCAGUACUACCAACAAGUAUUUCUGAGCACUUCUGCCGAGACACUCUCACACCAUUCUUACUUUUCUACAGCUCAAUAAUGUUAUUGUACGUCUAGGCGCACCACGCACACACACAUUUACUGUAUAGGCUUCCUGUCGGGUCACAUGGCCAAUGUCCAACACGGAAAUGAGUGAGGGAUCUUUGGUCUUUCUUUUGUUGUCACUUUCCACCAGAAAACACCACAUUAACAUUAAGUGAAUGGAAAUCACACAUUUAUUAUCCAACGCAAUCAUGCAAAUAAUUAAAUAAGAAAUUACAUUAAAUUAAUAACAUUCAAUUUAAAAUAAAUAAGAAAAUUCUAUUGUAGUUUGGCAGUUUAGUCAUUAGUUGAUGAGUGCAAAGAAAAUUCUCAAGUGUUGAUGUUAGUGUUGGAGUUUUUGCUGCAGUUCAAAGACAGUACAUUCCCAUUUUUCGCUGCGGUUAAGUUGCUCGGGCUAUUUUUGACCACGGCUCACUCCCCAGAUCGGAAAGACGUGGGUGUGAAUCCCUGCUUGGGAAUCUCUUAGGCAUCCCCGUGAGUGUGAGUUUUAUCCGGGUACUCCGGUUUCCUCCCACAUUCCAAAAACAUGCUAGGUUAAUUGGCCACUCCAAAUUGUCCAUAGGUAAGAAUGUGAGUGUGAAUGGUUGUUUGUCUAUAUGUGCCCUGUGAUUGGCUGGCCACCAGUCCAGGGUGUACCCCGCCUCUCGCCCCAAGACAGCUGGGAUAGGCUCCAGCAUACGACCCUCAUGAGGAUAAGCAAUAGAAAAAGGAUAGAUGGAUGGAUGGGCUCACUCCCCUUCCAGACACUCCUGCUAGCACGACGUUGAACUUCUCAGAUUUUGGGUCCACAUUUGCAAAAAAAGUGACUGUUAUAAUUUAUUAAAUCCAGAACCCUCCCCUUCUCUCUUCCCUUGCCAUUGUUCACUCAUGACACAAGGCAGGCUCAUCCCUAAAUAUGCCCUACACACUUACUAAAUACAUUUAACGAGGCACGAAUGAAUGAUGGAUGAACAGAAGCAAUCUGGUCGUCAGGCUCGUCUCUCAUGACACCCAACUACGGCUUGUUCAAGGACCACUGAAGUAAGUGCAAAAUUUCAAUGUUUGACGAAAAAAAAUGAUGAGUGAAGCGUAGCGAGAUAAACUUUGAAAGAUUAUGGGAUGAGAGAAGAUGAAGAGUCUAACUUUCAUUGGAAUUUUGACCACCAUCCACAAUCUUUUGUGUUCUGAAGAUUUAAAAACAGCUUAAAAAAAGAGGCACAUAAUUAAUGCAAUUACUAUUUUGUGAGAUAGUAAUAGUAAUUUUAUUUUUUACAAAAAAAUAGCAAAUUUGUGUGUCCUGAAUGCUGAAUCACAAAUGUGCAGAGAUAUGACACAGUAUAUGACCAUUUGCUUUUUAAGCAAAAAAAACUCCACAAAAACAAAACUGUUAUGUUUUAAUGCUCUUCUUUUUUUAAUAUUUUGAUAAACAAUCCCUUUUAUGUCCAAGCAGCUACAGACGAAACAGUAUUGACGUAAAAUAUAGAUAAAGAGACGAUGUACAUACCAUGUGAGAAGCACUUAGAGGGCUUGCUUGUGUUCUCAGGGAUUUGUAAAAAAAAAAUGCAGGAAAAGGGAAAAGGCUUAUAGUUUAGUUUUCUACUCCUACAGCAGGAAGCACGCACACGCUCCUCUUGUGUACUGUAUUGUGUACAAAUGGCACUUUCUUUUUCAGUACUUUUUUAUGAACUACUGCGCAUCAUUAUGCAAAUGACUAAAAUCCAUCACAUUUGUGUAUCACUGUGGAUACGAGUUCAAAUGCAAAUGUAAGUAUGACUGCUGAUUUGCAUCGCUUGUUGAUGUUUCAAAGCUGACUGUAUAAUCAUUGAAGUGAUGCAUAUUAAAGGGACCAGAAUGCACUGGGUUUGUCCAGCUGCCUAUGGCACCACCAUCUAAAUGUACCUCUACCUGUUAAAUGAUAGACGUUUGGCAAAGUUUAGCUACGUUACAUCCCACAAAUAUGUUUGUGGGAUGUAAUAUGUUUGUGGGUUUGUAAUAAUGGUGUCAAUAAUGUAUAAUGUUGUCAGAAUAAAAUCAAAAUAUUCUGUGGUUAAAAUCAUAAUUACAGGAAGAAAAUUGACAAUGAUAAAGUCUAAAUAGUUGGGGAAAUAUUAAAAAAAAUGUUUACUUUACAAGGGAAAAAAAUGUCGCCGAAGUUUCAGAUAAUAAGGUUUCCGAACAUGGAAGUGAUCCCUGAAAGAAGUUUGGGAUUGCUCAAAACACUUUGGUUUCAAAAGGCGUGGUAAAACUGCCCCGGAGCUGGGUCGUGGGUGUAAAAUAAAUAAAUUAAAAACAGACCGUUUUGGCAGGAAGCACAAAUCAAAGGAAAUACAACUGGAAUAGGUGCAGAUUCUGGAAAAUCCCAAAAGUUUUCUGUGCGGGUUAUUGUGUGUAGCUGCUCUAUAGGAGACCACAACUCAAUACAAAGGGUCGCAAAAUGAGCAUAAUAGGUCAUCUCACAUCCAGAAUCACGUCUUCAGCCAAGGUAAAAGUAACCUAAAUAACCAUUCAUCUCCUUUAUUCAUCAUUUGUAUGUAUUAACUAUAAACAUGUUUUGUGUUAACAUUUCGACAUAAAUGGGGUACGUAGCUGUUCCAGUUGCCAUUUUAUGACUUAGCAAGCUAGCUUAUUUGCUAGGAGCUACGGAUGUUGUGCGAUACAUUAAAAACACAGCUGGAAGCAUGCCAUGGCUUAACACAAAAAGAUACCCACCGUAUUGUAUGCUAACUGAAAAAUGUACGUAAAACAUUGCAAAAUUUUUAACGUGAACCGAAAAACACCCUGACUGAGAUUCCACUGUACAUUGUUUGCUAGCUAGCUGUGUUCUUUUGUUGCUUUAGAGUUGCAUACAGUCCCUUUAAUAGAUUCACUUCAUUUUAACAAGGUUGUUUUUUUUUAUUGUCUACCAACAAAUCAACCAAAACACUUGCAGAGAUUAAUAACUUCAUUGUCAUGUAUUAAGCUGAUGUUUCAUUUUAGCAUAAGUACUUAAAAGCCUACUGAACUUCUAACAGAUUUGUCACAAGCGAAAUAAAGCAUACAUUUGUA